AAUACUGAAAAAAUCAAAUCAUAUAUAUUUCAGUUUGACACUAUUUUUUAAAUUUGGAUUAAUCGUUGUUUAUAGACUUUAUUUUUUUUUACAUGCAAUAUAUAUUUUUUUACAUUUACUGCGAUAUUCGUCACCAAGGCGAAUCAAACAAAUAUAAGCAAAAUGGCUGACCAAGACGCCGGAGAUUGGAAAACUCAAACUUUUCAUAUUCGGAUGAGAUUUGAUCGCCCCCCAGGGUCGGGAAGAAGAUCAGAUAGAAAAUCAGAACGGCCAAGGUUGCCAGUGACCUCACCAUUUUUCAACAAAGCAAAAUCUGAUAUGGUCAGCUAUGAAGAUUUGCUAGUGGCACAAUACUUGGAUGAACUGAAAAGGCAGAACGCUGAUCAUCCAAGAGAAAAGCAACAUGGUCAGCCAUCCCCAUAUCUGCAGCGACUACCGCAUGGUGUUCGCCACACACGUUUUAAGAGGCGUCCAAUGUCAGCUUCAGUGGGCUUUAGACAGUCAGCUGGCAAACCUAAAAUUGAUGCUAAAUUUAUUGCUGAUGCAAAUCUAUGGGACCCUACCAGUCCUCGAGACUUGAGACGCAACCGCCCAGCAAGUGCUCCAGUCAGACGCGUGAGGCCAUUAUCGGGAGUAUCUCAAAGGUCAAGACCACCUUCAGGACGUAGAUCUGUGUUCAAGCAGCUGCCACAUCUAGUGAAAGCUUAUGCCUAUAUCAACGGUUGCCGAGAGAAGUUUGCUUAUCUGGCAGCCCCCAACAUCAAAAUCUUUCUGGAAUUUGCCACUGAGAAGCUGGAUUUGCCCUUUGCUGCCAGGAGGAUAUUUUUAGAAGAUGGCGUUGAAGUGUUCUCUGAGGCAAACAUACCCCCUGACAGUGAUAUCUACAUAUCGAUGGGAGAAAAGUUUAAGGAUCCUUACAGAUCAACAAAAAGGAGUAUGAUUGCAAGAAACAGUUCUGUGUGGACGUUGACAGGCAUAGUCCUUCCUGAAAAGGGCCGAAAGAAAGGUGUCAAGCCAAGAUUGUCCCGAAGAAUGAGAGCUCUAUGUGAAAGCAGCACAGUGAGAGUUAUGGUCUUUAAGAAUGGUGAUUGCAAAGAGCCCAUUGAUGUUGUUGCUGAUUUGGAAAACCUGGACUGCUUUCUAGCUGCCAGCACAGCCAAGCUUGGCCUUCAGAUUCCUGCAAAGGCUGCCUAUGAUGUUGAGGGGAACCGUGUGACAAGUCUAUCUAGCGCGCCAUACCUUUUUGAUGAGGAUGAGGAUGGCCAGAAACUGAAGAACCCAGUGCGGGGGCCAUUGUGGGUGUCCACAGGAGGGUACCCGAUGCUUGACGGCAUGACAGGAUUUUUGAAGAACAAACUGCGGGCUUACAAGGACAACCUCAAGAGACUGACAAAAUACAAAGAAGAUAUUGACAGUGCACUUGACAAUGAUGAGAAUGUGACCGACCCGGAAAUUGCCAAACUGAGUGUUGAUGAGCUCUAUGAGUCCUCUGCUGAGGUUGAAGAAGAAAUUCCCCAAUGCAAAGAAAGGAUUAGUUUGGUGAAAGAGCAAUUGGAAGCCAUUACGAAGAAGGAAGAGCAUUCUUUUAAAGGAACAAAAGAAGCGCUCUACAAGAUUUAUGGAAUAAAUCUAAAGGUGUUGGAAAAUGGAAAACCUGAUGGAGAAUUCACUCAUUUCUUCAACCUGACAGAAGCUCGGAAAGGUGGUUUUAGUAAAGAAUACUAUCUGCAAAAGCUGCUUGAAGAGCUCUCCAACUCAAAGCUGGCCUCAAGUGCCAAUCGUACUCUCAGCAUCAAGGCCCAGAAACUGUUUGACCAGUUCGGCAAUGAGAUUAAAGAUGUGACAAAGCUCUCAGAUGAUCAGCUUGUGUGGAUAUCUUUUGGAGAACCUUUUAUUGAGCCUUUCACAUAUUGCCUUCAGGUGUUCCUGGACAAAGCGGUCAAACUGACCGGUCCCAACGGUGAAGACAAAUUUGCCAGAGAAGCACUUAUUGGGCCAGAGCAAGAAGAGAUGGUGAAAAAUGCCAGCCAUUGGGAAGCAACCAUAGGAUUCCCUGCUUUGUUUGAGAUGGACGAGAUGAAGAUGUUGGAGUAUGAUGAGGAAAAGAUCCAAUACCUUUUGGAUCACUCUGAAGUGGACAGCCGGAGUCACUAUCUGUUGUUAAAGGAUCUUCAUGACUUUGCAUUGUACCCUGAACUUGGCUUUGAAGAGAAAACUCAGGGGAGGAAACAAGUGUUUGUCAUUUCAAAGUCUGGCCAAAUCUACUGCAAGGCGUACCCACAACUGUGUCUGGCUGUGUCAGACACACGCGUGGAGGCUCGACUCUUCACCAGGGAUGUCAGUGUCACAGGCUAUGCUGUUACCCUCCAGAAGAAGAUGGUGGGGAACCCGAGUCAGAUCUGGAGGUUUUCUGAGACUGAAGCGGUCAUCUCUUGCGAUGCUCAGCCAAGCCUCCUGUUGACUUUCCUUGGAAACAAAGCCAGAGACGAAGAAGGUUACCUGAACAAUACCCCUGUCGGUUGCAAAAACGGUGAGAGAGUCUGCCUGUUGGUCACUGAGCCCCUGCCCAGAAAGGAUUUAUCCGCUCAAAGGUUCGCCUUCAAGCAAGAGAAAUUUGAAAAUUUGGGGCAGUGGAAAUUCACUCACUCCUCCAACCCUGAGUGGAACAAGCAGGCAUACUCUUGGCCAGUUACAACAGAUGGACAGUUGAAUGAGGAGUAUGACUGGCCGAUGGAGGGUUACCUGAUACCUAAUGCACCCCCACUACACAAGGCAGGGAAAAGAAUGAGCAUGUCAGGAAUGACCCCAGUGAGACUAAGAGUCCUUAAAAAUGGAGAAAGAAGUCCAGAGGAUGCCAUUAGUGUUGUUGGCCCCAACUUGACCAAAAUGCUGAAGGAUAAUGCAAAGAAAGAGCAAGCAGCAAAGAACAAGAAAAAUAAAAAUAGGUCCAUGACAACCCAGGAGACUGUGGAAGAGUACGUGGACUUUUAUCUUCACUGCAUGGACCUGACUCUCACACAGCUGGAGGUGUUGAUGUUCCUGGAUCAUUGCACUUGUCUUCUGAACCUGCCGUUUGCUGCGAGGAGACUGUUUGAUGCCAAGGGCACUGAAAUUUUCACCCUCCAGUCCCUGGAGCGGGAUCAGCUAAUCUACGUGUCCUGCGGAGAGGCAUGGUCCGACCCGAAGCUCUCGAAAGUGGAACAGAAGAGGCGAUUUCUUCUCUCUCAGCUGGCAACCGAUGUCGCCAAGAUUCAGCACUAUUGUUCACUGAGAAAUCCAGAGAACUAUGUGCUGGAGAUGGAAGGACCUCUGGCUUUGGGCUGUGGUCUGGUGGUGAACAAACAGUGGAGUCUCGGAGAUGAGGAUCGCCAGGACAGAGGUGACGUGGCAAGCACAAAGCGCAGCAACUCACAGAUGAUGAACUACGAUGUGGAUGAUCAGGAGGAACAGACAGAGCAGGACUCCAGGGACCUGUCAGCUCAUGAAAAGUCUCAUCUGAGGUCUGAGGAGCGUAUGAAUACACUCAAGUGGCCAUGGGAACGAUUGGUGAACGUGAACAACAGCAUGGACAAUGAGGACCCGGAGGCCAACAAGUACACAGACAGAGACCUCUAUGAGAAGUUCAAGCCUCAGGCUUCUCCUCGAGUGUCCCGUGACACAUUGCAAAGGUUUGUGUUUGAAGACGGCUUCAUCUCUGUCCAGUCUAACCGGACAUUUGUUGUCGCUGCCACAGACGCUGAAGGACACACAUCAGAUGUGAUACUGACCAAACGCAAGCCUGACUGCAUCUACCAAAGAUGGUUUAUUACUGAGACUGGAGAAAUUAGGUCACGGGUGAAUCAGCAUCUGGUGCUCACAGUGUCCAUGCCAGCGACUGCUUCUGAUUAUCCAACACCGCUGUCUUUUGACCGAUGUCCGGUGAACCUCCAGACCCGCCGCACCAACCAGUUUGGGAAAGCACACCAGAGGUGGAGAUACGAUGCUGAGACAGGUCUACUCCAAGCCUUCUAUGCUGAGUUGCCUGACAAAGAAAUUACUGCCGCCAACAAGGCAGAUGUAUGCACAUACUCCAUUGCUCAGAAAGUGGAUAUUGAUCAACCGGGUUACAUUGUUGAAAUACCCAGUGCCCAGCAUGGCACCACUGAGCACAAAGUGUGUAUAUCUUGUGCCCGGGCAAUGAGAGGUCGGUUUAAGGUGCAGAAGCUGCCGAACAGCAUCAACUUCCACUGCGCAAUGGGAGAGGCGAAGAAACUCAAGAUUAAAGAAGCAGGAAGUUUCAAGGUUUUGAACAACAAGGUCGAUUUGUCCACAUUUGAGGCAGACAUUACUCUAAGGUUCUGGCAAGACACCCUGGACAAUUUGAGGAAACAGACCAGUGUGCAAACAAUAGCCAAGGAGAUUAAUGCGGCGAAGAGUGUGCGCACUGUCAAGGUCAUGGUGUACAAAAACGGAGAAGGUCGACUGAGACGAGGGGAGAUUAUCUGUGGCUCCAGUAUUGAAGGAAUUCUGGUCCAGUGCACUCACCGCCUCGGCAUGAGUAACGCAGCACGUAGGAUGUAUCUAGAGGAUGGAGAGAUGGUGUUGGAUGUGGAUGACCUGGUCAGACAUGCAGUGGACAACUGCAAGAAUGAGAUGAUCAACAUGGUUCUACUGGACAAGGCAGAGAGAGAGGGUGGACAGGCUGAUAACAAAUCCUUACUGGAGGAGGAGGAAGACGAAAUGGCACGACUCGAACGACUGCAGAAAGCAGCCAGUGAGGAGGUGACCAAUCAGAUGAGGCGGUCCCUGGACCUUAUCAUUGGAGCUGAACCCAGGGAAGAGAACCGAAGAGGAAGAGGCCAAGAUAGAGGCAGAGGAGGAGAGGAAGGAGAAGAAGAGGAAGAAGACAAUUCUGAGCAGCAUGAGGAGGACUCAGAACAGAAAGAUUUGGAUGUGGAAGAAGCUCAGAAAAUCAAAAGGGAGAGAGAGCAGCUCCUGGAGAACAUCAAGCUUCCUCCCCUGGACGUGAUCCUCCGCGCCCCGAUUGAGGUCUGGGUCUCCAGCAACAAAGCAUUUGUGUCUCCUGAAGUGGUGGAGUCCAAGGAUGAAAACCGACGCAAGAAGAGACAGUUCAGAGCUCAAGUGUGCCUGGCUCUAGACAUGGACAAGCAUGUACUGAGGCAGAUCAAGGGUCGUCGUCUUGAGAAGAUGGAGCCUGGUGUGUACAAGUCGACCCUGAGCUGCAAGCAGCCGGUGGUCAUCGAGAAACACUGGCAGGAGCCAUCGGUGGAGGAGCAAGACAAGCACCACUCUGUGCACAAACUACAGAUACAUCUUGGAGAAAUUCGAGUGCAUCAGUCGGACAGGAAGUCAGAGCACACUGGAGUUAAUUUUGACAGCAAACUUUAUCAGCAACCAAAUAUGAAAAGAGUAUUGGUGUACCCCAAUGGAGAGACAGCAGAGAGAUGUGUGAACGUAUGGGGAGAAAAUAUUGAUGAAAUACUGGAAAGUGCUACUCAGAAACUAGGCCUAUGGAAACAAGCUAGAAUUCUUUACAGCUUGGAUGGCAAAAGGAUUGAAACAUUUGACGAAGUCCAGCGUGACCAGCUGUUGUGUGUCUCGACGGGGAAAUCAUUCCUGCAGCCGACAAACCAAAAGGUCAACAUAGAAGUGAAAGCCAACUGGGGCAGGGCACGCAAGCAGUAUGGCCACCGUGCCACAGAUGUUAUCGUUGAUGUACAGAAAAACCCACAAGUUGAUGUGGAUCCGUUUGGCCCGCCUCAGCUUGCACUUCCAGUGGAGGAGAAAAAAAGCUCAUAAAUCUUCUGGCUAGCCCAAGGAGUUCUGACUGUAACAUAAUGAAAUAUACACAUGAAAUAUGUACCAACUGAUGAAGCUGUGAUAUCAUAUAGGCCUACUGUCCUAGGAAAUACAGAAAGGUGCAUAGUUUAAGUAAAACGCUAUUGAGACAAAGGUGACUUUGCUUACAAAUUUAUGUUUUAAACUCUCUGCUUUAUGCCAGUUGUCUCUUCUACUGAAUACUCUUUUUUUGUAUUGCCAUGUUUGUUAAAAGAAUUGUUGGAUUUCUUUAGAGUAAAGUGAGGGAAAUGAGAAGAGAAGGAGAAGCGGAGGUACUAUAUUUCUUUGUAAUAACGUGUGUGCUGCUGUUGAAUAUGAAAGUGGGGAUUGUCUCCAUAACUCUGUAAGUGAAAGAACAUAUUUUUUACUCAUCUGCAUCUUUUGAUCUUAACCCUUCAUCAGCACUCAAAACAAGUAUUGUUUACUUUAUAAUGGAAAAUGUUUCAGGAGGUAACACUCCUGUUGCCGGAGAAGGAUGUAAGCUUUGGGUUCAAACAAGAUCAUCUGCUCACUGAAUGUUGAGACUCUCUAGCCUCUCCUAAGACCAGGAAGUGCACACAUUUAUGGAAAAAUGCUGACUGACAUGUGUCACAUACUUGACAAGGGUAAAACAGAUUCUUAAGGUUAGGGGCAUAACCGACAUCUGGAACAUUUUUAUAGCCCUUUUUAUUUAUUCAACAGGCCCCACCAGUGAUAAGUAACAUCCUGAAAUAGAUAGCUUAAUAAAAGUGUGGUACUUGGAAGAACUCUAUAGGAAACUAUACUGAACGUUCAGUUCAAGUUUUGUCAUGUGAAGAGACUUUACCUUUAUUCCUAUGUUCAGUUUAGUAGUACUAGUUUUGGUGAUGGUUUUUUAAUUUUUGUGUUAGAAAAUAUACUUUGUAGUUGGGCUGUUUUUUUUGUUCUGUCUUGUUACAUUGAAAUUUCAUGAUAGCAAACAUUUCAACAAGAGCUAGAGAGCACAUCAACUUAUUAAUGUCAUCAAUGCUAUUUGUUUAUGUUAUAAAGUUUUGAGAGAGACUUUUCAUUUGUGCACAUGGUGGUGUAUGCUGAGAAAGACACAAUGCACCACUGAAAGGCUUACUCUGUGUGCCUCUUUUUUUGUCUGAGUUUACCUUGAUGAACUGAAUUGUGUUAACAAUAUCACAAUUGCCUCUCUGGACUUGUUAACUAUUCCGAUCUCAGCAAAAUAUCGUCUCAAGAAAUGUUGGGGUCAGUCCAUUUGAACUUAAUAUUUUUUAAAGAAAUCAAAAUGUAACUCUUUUUGUUACAGAUAAUUAUCUAUUUGAUUUAAUUGUGGUACUUUUGUACUGUUGUUGCUUGAAUGGAAAUAACAUGCCAUGCAUAAUGAGAUAUAUAUGCUCAUUUUUUAAAUAUAUUUACUAGAAAUGUUAAAUGGUUUAUAUUUUAAAGAAUUUACAUAUUGUAUGUUUCAGAUUCAUUUCUUUUCUCACAUUUGCAAUUUUGACAGUUGCAUCAAUUUCUAAAAUUCAUGAACACAAAUUUACGUUUUUUUACAUUCUCACCAUUUUCAUUUCUUCUUGCAGUCUAUAUUUAUAUCCUUUUACUUUACUUUUAUAUCAAGAGAUGUUUAAUGAUUGACAAUUUUAUAAAACGUUUUAUCUCACCAUACAGUGGCUAAUUGUUGAAUGCUUUGAGCAUUUUCAUAUGUUUGAACUUUCUAAUGUGAAGAUUUUGAAAUACAUCUGUUUAAAAUACUUGAUUGAAAGGCAUAAUGAUUCACAACUAUGCUGGGGAAUUGAGUAAUGCUGGGGAAUUGAGUAAUAAAUGUCUGGGGUUUUUUUUACAGGUAGGGGCCUAAAUGAUUUUGUUGUUUGGUAAUAUCCACAUUAUUUCUUGCAGUUUCUGUUCCUAGUUCAGGUAAACUCUGUAGGAAGCCCAGAGUGCUGGGAGUAAAAAUGUCUGUAUUAUAGAAAAAGCAACUUUUGUAUUGACUUCAACCCUUCAUUGUAUAUUAAGUUAAUGAAUCAAUAAAGAAGGUUUUGUAAAGUUAGGCAUUGAAGUUUGAAGAAGAGGUAAGGAAAAUGCAUGUCAAACUAAAGAAAGACAAUUUUUAAACAUUUCAAAGGACACUAAAAUUUAAACUCUUAUGUUUUAUCUCUUUCUUUUUUAAAAAUAAGUUGACUCAUUGCCUUGGAUAACAUUGCUCUUUCCAAAUUAUGAUCAUCUAUGUUAUCUAUAAACGUCCUUGACUAUAAUCACCAUAGGCCCAGUGAAAACUGUCUCACAUUGGUACAACUGUAUCAACAAAUAAAGGUCUAUUUUAAUUAUUACGGAAGAAUAUAUUUGUUUAAAUGUUAUUGUACAACCUUGUUGACUUACAAUAGUAAUAUACCAGUACACACAUAUACUGAGUUAGAUUUAGCAAACUACUUCCAAACAAUCAUACUCUUCUUAGUCUGUAAAAACACAUUACUCGGAUAAGCAGAUUUUUAUAUAGCUAACAUGUUCAUGAUAUAUCCAAGACAGCACAACACUGAGGCUAUUAAUUUCCCUUUGACAAUGAAACCUGUGAUACCUCCUUAACUCUACGAGCCCCUAGUCCCCUGAGCCCAUAGGAAUCAUGCACUGAAAUGUUUUUGGGUUAACUGCUAGGAUUGCACACUGAGUUGACUGAAGUAUGAGUUUGGUGUGCAAAAGGGUUAAGGGCAGUACAUGCUUAGGCAUGCUCUUGGGUCUGUAGGGUUAAGGCUCCUGCUUUCUUGCCCAUGUUGAUUGAAUUCGUGCUAAUAAGAAAAGCCUUGAAGACUUAUUUCAGUCUCUGCCUCAUAGAAGUAUUGUCUCGCAAUAGAAUCUUUAUCGUUUUAGUUUUUUGUGUGUGAAAAUGAUAGGCCCUAAUGAAUGGUGCCAACUUCUGAGACAAAGGAACUUUUCUUUUGGAUCUAAACACAAAAAGUUCAGGAAAAAAUUAUUUGUAAGAGAUGGGUUUACGGUGAGCUUUUUGGGGGAAGAGACAAAGAAAUAAAUACGCAUUGUUUUUGUUAGCAUUAUGCAUUUAUUAAGACUCAUACCAAAAAGAUAAUAAUAAACAACACUGUGCUCUACUAAGUGUAAGCUUUCUUACAAGAGCGAUAGGUAAACAGGGUCACUCAACACACAUAACUGUUUACUGGAAAUUCUAAGUGCACAAUGUUCUUUCAAAGACUGAGUGUUUUCUGUCUUUCUUUUUUACACACACAUGUUUCCUUGUGUUCCCAUACAAGGAUAUUUUCCUGUUUUAAGAAUUGAAGAAGUGAAUAUUGUUUUUUUAAAUUGGUUCUGUUGUUUUUAAUUCUUGUACUUCUAUUCUUUGAUAUUAAAGUAGUGACAAUAA